AUGAAUUCGGGGAUCCAAUUGGCCUGUGCCAUGUGGGUGCUGACUGCCCUCUCGCUCGCCCUGGUCGUCCUGAGGUUGUACACACGCAUAAAAAUCGUGAGAUUCGUCGGCAUCGAGGAUCACUUGUAUGCAUGGACAGGUUUUCUAUUCCUGUGCUUCACCAUUUUCAUCCAGGUCGCAGUUCACUACGGGCUGGGCCAAAGCUUUUGGAAGCUGGGCAUCGCCAGCUCGUCGGAUGCCAUCUUUUGGACAUAUGUCGCGAACAGCUUCGCUAUCACUGGCAAUGCCCUAGCCAAGCUGUCCAUGGGGUUGUUUCUAUUGCGCGUUGUGCAGGCGAGGUGGCAGAAGAUAAUGCUAUGGAUGGUCGUCUUCAUCAUCGCUGCGACCAGCGCGGCGCUCACCAUCAUGCUUUGGAACCAGACCACUCCGAUCAAAACUAGCUGGGAUCCAUUAAGGACGCCAGGGAAAUGGAAUAUCCAGAUCCAGCCCAUGAGUGUCGGUCUUGGAGUGUGGUCGAGCAUAUGCGAUUUCUUCUUUGCAAUAUUUCCUUGGUUGUUUAUUUGGUCUCUCCGAAUGCCGCGGAAAGACAAGAUCAUGUUAGCGACUGGCAUGAGUUUGGGCGUUGUUGCCGGAGCAUGCGGUAUAGUGAGAACAGUAGUUCUGGCUCGACUGGACGUGUACAACUACACACUGAAUUUCGUACCAUACUUUGCUUGGGCUGGCGCCGAGAUCGCCGUUGCGUUGGUGUGUACCGGCAUCCCAACUCUGCGCCCGUUGUAUCUGAAAUCACGCGGCAUCUCCAGUGCCUACGGACGGCAAGAUGAGAAGAACACAAACGAGUUGCCUCGAUUCACCAUGUGCGACUCCAAGAUCGACCGGCCACCAGUCACCUGUGCUCCUAACGUGUCGCCUAUCCAAUCACGAACAGACCCAGGGCCCACGAAGCCGGCAAGCGUCUAUACAAGAAUCUCGAGUCGGGAUAGUAAAGAACAUAUGAUGGAUGCUGAGCAAGGUGAUAUUGGUCUUAUUUGGGUUAAGAACGAAGUCCAAGUUCAACGAGAGCGUACGAACUGGCCCUUAAGAGAUUGA